ACAUUGACAUAAACGAUAAAAGAAGAAGAAGAAGAAGAAGGAGGAGGAGACAAAGCAAAGAAGAAGAACUAUCUCUCUCGCUCUAACUCACAAGCAAACUUAUAGAUCAAGAGAAAUGGCCCAAUUCACCAUGAAGCUACUCGUAACAAUUGCAUUGACAACCUUAGUCACAGUCGCCAUCAUCACCACCAAAACCACCACCACAACCGCAACAUUUGCUCUUGAAGAUCCUUUGAAGGACGUUACACCGCCAGGAGCGGUUAAGAUCAGACCUAGCCGGUUCUUGGCUGAGAAAGUCGACCAGGGUCAAGGACCAAAAGCUCGUAACCCAAACGCAGCUGACCAUUGCCACAAGGACAAUGAAAUCUGCAGCAGCAGCUAUUACAGCACCGGAGCAAACGCUACAAUGGCUUGUUGUAACAACAAGUGUAUGGAUUUAUCAACCGACGACAAAAACUGCGGUGCUUGUAAGAACAAAUGCAAGUUCGGACAAACGUGUUGUCGCGGUCAGUGCGUUUACGUGGCUUACGAUAAACGCCAUUGCGGUGAGUGUAACCAUCGUUGCGAGAACGGCGAGUUCUGCGUCUACGGUCUCUGUAACUACGCGUGAUGAAUCAAUCAUUCACUCACGCCAAAACGUAAAAAAAAAAAAAAAAAAAAAAAAAAAUAUUAAGUAAUAUUUAUACGGAUGAUUUAUUUACAUGGACGCUGAUUAAAAAAGGUCGGUCCAAUUAAUUAAUUACUUAAUAAUUAAUUAAAGUGUUGUGUGUAUUUUUGGAUUCCCAUAAUGUUUUGAGGGGUAUAUAAAGGAGAUUAUUUUUAUAUU